AUGCCUCGCCCCCACCUUCCCUUCACUCCACUCCACUCCAACCCGUCAACUCUCCUCGGUUGCGUCAUCGAUCCCGUGCAAUUCCCCCUACUGGCACUGCCUACUGAACGCCUCCAUCUCACCAUGUCGGCCUCUUCCUCCCCUUCCGACCGCAUUCAAGCCUACUACGAGAACUACCCAUCUUGCACUCUGUUCAUCGGUGGUGAUACCCAAGACCAGUCUGCCACUACACUGGAAAAAGACGUCGAGGCCUUGCACGUUCGAGGCAGCCUUGUUGAAGCUACGGAAGAGCAGAAGAUCCAGGCGUUUAGAAGAGACUUCUGCAACCAACCCAUCAUGCCUGUUCACCCUGCCGAGGAAACGGCUGGCGGUAGCAUCACCGACCAAGUCGCCAAGGACUCCAAGGACUCCAACGCCUCAUCCGCUCAGCUGCACGACGUCGAUACCGGUGCGAGCAGUGGCGGAAACGUCCAUGCCGCGGCGCACAAGAGGAACCCAGGACCCGUCAUGGCAGACAACCUUCCUACGCCCGAGAGCAAGGAGGAUCUCAAGAAGAGGGCUGCCGAGCUGAACAAAUAA